GGUUUGUUUUUAAAAGUAAUGAAGCUCUUUCUCUUAUUUAAAAACAACUACAACAAAAUGGAUGUCAUGUUCCCUGAGCAUGCAUGCCUGCAUGAGGUCUUAAUCUGCAAAGGAGGAGAAGACAAGCAGCGCAGCAGCUGCUUAUCAAGGCCAGCUUCCCGUUUUAGGGAGGAAAGAUGUCCAGCUGUUGUCGGGAACGCUCACUGACAAAGUGACUGGUGGUCUCGCAGGAGCUCCACAGCUGACAGUCGAAUCUUGGAGCGCAGUCGUACCCGGACAGGACCACCAGGCAACAAGCAGUGGGAAGGACCAUGCAGAGCACGCACGGCGUGGACUUGCUUCUUCUCCUCUGCUUCCUGCUCAGCCUGGCCUACUCGCUUAACCCGAGAGACCCCAAUGUGUGCAGCCUGUGGGAGAGCUUCACCACCUCCGUCAAGGAGUCCUACUCGCAUCCUUACGACCACGUGACAGAAGAACCCUGCUCGGACCCUCGGAGUAACUACAGAUGUCCCAGACACAGGAUCACCUACAAGACAGCUUACAGGCAAGCCGUCAAGACGGACUACCGCAAACGCUACCAGUGCUGCCCGGGCUACUACGAGAGCCGCGACAAAUGCGUCCCUCGCUGCACCAAGGAGUGCGUUCAUGGCCGCUGCCUGGCUCCGGACCGCUGUCAGUGCGAGGGAGGCUGGCGAGGCGACGACUGCUCCAGCGCCUGUGAAGACAAACGUUGGGGUCCGGGCUGCGGCCAGCAAUGCAACUGCAAGAACGGCGCCCUGUGCGACCCGGUCAAAGGAACGUGUCAGUGCCCGCCGGGUUUCGUUGGACGCCAGUGCGAGGAGGCGUGUCCCGAUGGAACCUUUGGAAAGGACUGCCUGCAAAAGUGCAAGUGUGAGACUGGAGGAUCCUGCAAUAAAUCCAGCGGGGAGUGCACGUGUCGGGAUGGCUUCACUGGCACUUUCUGCGGGAGGCCAUGCUCCAGAAAAUGUCCCGCUCGGUGUCCGUGUCAAAAUGGCGGCAUCUGUCGGGGUAAAGGGAUCUGUGCCUGCCCUCCUGGAUGGAUGGGUUUUGUUUGCACGGAGCGCUGUCCCGAGGGACGCUACGGACCCAACUGCGCCGAAGAGUGCAUAUGCCACAAUCGCGGCAAAUGCGACCCCGAGACAGGACAGUGCAAGUGUGCCGAAGGCUACACCGGGAACAGAUGCAACGAGGAAUGCGCGGUGGGCUCUUACGGUCAGGACUGCGAAGGGGCGUGCGACUGCGCAAACGGCGCUCGCUGCUACAACAUCGACGGCGGCUGCCUGUGCGAACCGGGCUUCAGCGGGCCCAGCUGCAAGGACAGAAUGUGCCCGCACGGAAAAUACGGCAUGCACUGCGAACGCUCGUGUCUCUGCCAGGACAAAAACACGCUCAGCUGCCACCCGAUGAAAGGCGAGUGCACGUGCCAGGCGGGUUGGGCCGGGCUCCACUGCAACGAAACCUGCGCCCACGGUUUCUACGGCGACGGAUGCCUCGAGCCCUGCUUGUGCGUUAAUGGCGGCGUGUGCCACGGUGCCACCGGACUAUGCCAGUGCGGCCCGGGAUACACGGGUGUUCACUGUGAGAGUCCAUGCAAAAGCGGCACCUACGGCAAGAACUGCUCCCUGGAGUGUUCCUGCAAGAACUUUGUGGACUGCUCGCCCAUCGACGGUGCUUGUUUCUGCAAAGAAGGCUGGCGAGGAACCGAUUGCUCCGUUCCGUGCUCGGAGGGAACCUGGGGCCGCGGAUGCAACGGCACCUGUCAGUGCGCUAACGGAGCGAAGUGUAACCCUGUGGACGGAUCCUGCACUUGCACAGCAGGCUGGCAGGGGGCGCACUGCGACCAGUCGUGCCCGAUGGGCUCGUUUGGGCCGGGCUGCCUGAAGAGAUGCGACUGCGUCAAUGCUGACGGUUGCCAGGCAACCACAGGGGAGUGCCACUGUCUGCCAGGCUGGUGGGGGCCACGUUGUAGUGAACCGUGCUCCGAAGGCCUGUGGGGGCGCCAUUGCAACCAGACCUGCUUCAAGCACUGCCCCAACAGCGAGACGUGCCUGCGGGAAACGGGAGCGUGCGUGUGCCGCCCGGGCUUCUGGGGCGUCACCUGUCAGAACAAAUGCAGAUCGGGUACGUACGGUGAGCAGUGCGGCCAGUCCUGCCCGUCCUGUGGCCAGUCGUACCGCUGCCACCAUGUGACAGGGGAGUGCGACUGCCUUCCAGGUUACACAGGAGAUGAUUGCCAUCAAGUUUGUCCAUCUGGCUACUACGGCAAGGGUUGUUCUGAAGUUUGCGUCAGCUGCGCCAACAACGCCACGUGCAACCACCGCGACGGCCAAUGUCAAUGUCUUCCCGGCUGGACCGCCACAGACUGUUCCAUACCUUGCAGCGCGGGACGUUUUGGAUCUUUUUGCUCCCAAACUUGCUCCUGUCCCACCAACGUCCUGUGCGACCGCGUCACGGGAGAGUGUCUGUGCGACAACGCUGACUGUCAACAAGAAACGUCUGAGCCCGGCAGCGUGAUGGUCCCGCUGCCCCCAGGCGAGAAGGAAUCAUGGGCGGCUAUCAGCGGCGUGGUGGCGCUGGUCAUCUUGGUGGUUCUGCUGCUGGUUCUCCUGCUGCUCUACCGACGCCAGCAGAAGCUCAAGCACAACAACACGCCCGCCGUCUCCUUCUCCACCAGUCGCACCGUCAACUCCGAGUACGCCGUUCCAGAUAUGGCUCCCAACUACCAGCACUACUACUCCAACCCCAGCUACCACACACUUCAGGAGAACCGUCCACCGCUGCCUCACCUUCCUAACAACCACGACCGCACCAUCAAGAACACAAACAAGCAGUUGUUCUGCAGCAUGAAGAACACGGAACGGGAGAGGCGCGGGCUUUUUGGCGUGGAGAGCAACGCAACGCUGCCUGCUGACUGGAAACAUCACGAAGGUCGCAAUAAGGAACCAGGGGCGUUUGGGAUUGAUCGGAGUUACAGCUACAGCGCCAGCCUUGGAAAAUAUUUCAACAAAGAACUCACAGAGGUGGCAGGGAUGGCGAGCAGCAGUUCCCUGAAUAGCGAGAACGUUUAUGCCACCAUCAAGGAUCUUCCAGGACCCCCCUUCUGCCCCCCUGAAAGCAGCUAUAUGGAGAUGAAGGCGGCUGUCCCCCGAGGGCGAGCGUACACCCAGAGCGGACCCCCGCCUCCUCCGCCCCCACCCUUCAGCACCGCCUCUCUACGACGACAGCGUCAGCAUUCGGUUGGCCACGCCCCCCUGGAGGACCCGCUGGGCCACUACGACCUCCCGGUCAACAGCCACAUCCCAGGCCACUAUGACCUGCCGCCCCUCCGCCGGCCCCCUUCGCCGGAGAGAACGCCGCGCUGACCCCCCGUCGUUGAUGGAAACGCAAGCGAGGCUCCCGAAAGCGCCCUCCGAGACGGCGUACGAUCCCCCCGCCACCCGGGGGAGGACGCUGGUUUUUCACUACUGGUGAGGAGACGCCAUGUUCAUGUGGGCCGCCGCCCGAGGAGAGGGACUCAGGACGGGAUAAUGACUUGAAAAGGACGUCAGUAUGGUUUGAACCCUCUUCAGCUCGCUAAUGUUCACUUUUUUCUUUGAAGUUGUACAACUUUGGCUGGUUUCCUAAAGUUAUUCGCGAUGUAAUGAUGCACUUUAGCAAUUUUUCUUUUAAUUUGCUCGCUAAUUAACGUGGUUUUUCCACAAGCUGCACGUCAAUGAAAACAAAAAAUGAUGCCUUAUUUUAGACAAUAAGAGUUUAGUAUUCUGGAAACAUCUUUUUCUUCAUCUUUUAAUUGCGAGUUUUCCUCUUCCCAGUAGUGUUGGCUCGUGAGUGAACGACUUUUUUCAGUGAACGAGAGUGAAUGAAUCACUUCCUAAAGUGAUUCGGGUUUUUUUUCCAGUUCAUAUGACUUCAACCAGUCGGUAAUGCGCAUUGAAGCUGGUGCCAC